GUUCAGUGGCUUUCAGGAGCGCAGCAGCGUUACUCCUCACGGACGCCUUCUCCGUCCAUUCUCAGCUCAAACUCGCGCAUUUUCACACUUACAAUUUAUUUAAUUUUUUUUCCGUGGAUACACGGGUAAAGGAAAAAAACCGUUUAUGGUCCUGGCUGAAGAUUUCACCAUGUCUCGCACCGACGAGGUUCACCGCUUCACGGAAAAUGUCUAUAAGACCAUCAUGGAGCAGUUCAAUCCCUGCUUACGGAACUUUGUUGCCAUGGGGAAGAACUAUGAGAAGGCCCUUGCCAAUGUGACAUUUGCUGCCAAAGGCUACUUUGAUGCUCUGGUCAGGAUGGGCGAACUGGCCAGUGAGAGUCAAGGAUCCAAAGAUUUGGGGGAUGUGCUGUUCCAGAUGGCUGAGGUCCACAGACAGAUCCAAGUGCAGCUCGAGGAGAUGUUGAAAUCCUUCCACAACGAGCUGCUCUCGGAGCUGGAGAAGAAGGUGGAGCUGGAUGCUCGUUACUUGACUGCUGCCCUGAAGAAAUACCAGAUGGAGCACAAGAGCAAAGGGGAGAGUCUGGAGAAGUGCCAGGCCGAACUCAAGAAGCUGCGCAGGAAGAGCCAGGGCAGUAAGAAUCCUUCCAAGUACGGAGAAAAGGAGAUGCAGUUCGUGGAGACCAUCAGCAGUAAGCAGACUGAACUGGACACCUUCAUUGCAGAAGGUUACAAGACAGCCUUGUCUGAGGAGCGUCGCAGGUACUGCUUUCUGGUCGACCGCCAGUGUGCCGUGGCCAAGAACAGCAGCGCCUACCACGGCAAGGGUAAAGACCUUUUGACCCAGAAGAUCCCCGUGUGGCAGCAGGCCUGCUCAGACCCCAACAAGCUGCCAGAGAGGGCGAUGCUCCUGGCCCAGCAGAUGGGCUCUGCUGCCAUCGGAGGCACCAGCCCCCUGCACACCUCCAAAUCCAACCUGGUCAUCUCGGACCCCAUCCCCGGGGCCCAGCCCCUCCCGGUGCCCCCGGAGCUGGCCGUCUUCAUGGGCAGUGGCCUUGGACAUCCAGCGAGGCUAAUGGGCCCUGAUGGGAUGUCCAUGGUGAACGGGACAACAGGAGUCCACGGAGAGGACUUCUGGACAGAUGGAGGCACAAUGACCGUGUCCCAAGUCAGACCCUCGUCUCCUCAGACCCAGGCAGCGGGCCAGUCCCAGGCCCAGCCCCAGAGACAGGUCAGCGAUGUCUACUCCAACACCCUCCCGGUCCGCAGGCCCGCACCUGCCAAGAAUAAAAACCCCGUGGGGGAAACACGGACUCUGCCCAGGUCCAGUUCCAUGGCAGCAGGACUGGAGAAGAACGGGCGCUCCCGCGUCCAGGCCAUCUUCUCCCACGCUGCGGGCGACAACAGCACCCUGCUCAGCUUCUCCGAGGGAGACGUCAUCACCCUGCUCGUGCCCGAGGCCCGCGACGGCUGGCACUAUGGGGAGAACGAGAAAAACAAGAUGCGUGGCUGGUUCCCGUUCUCGUACACUCGCGUGCUGCCUGACAGCGACAGUGAGAAGCUCAGAGUGAACCUGCAUCAUGGGAAAAGUAGCAGCACGGGGAACCUGUUGGAGAACGAUGGAUCGCUGCCGACGCCCGACUAUGGUCUGACUGCCCGACUGCUGGCACAGAGCCUCGCACAGACCCGCCCGCGCCCCUACAGCAUGGCGGGCUUCGGCACACAGCCUGCUAUUGAGGAUUAUGACGGCCGCUUUGCCACAAGUUUGGGUCCAGAAUUGUCCCGGUUCUGAGGGAACAGGACCUCCUGACCACUCCCUGGAGGUCUACCUCCGGCCCACCUUCACUGACGACCGAUCUACACCUAUCUUCUACUAGCAGCCUGAAAUCCCCUUUUUUUCCACUCGUGGGCCCUUUUUUUCAUAAUGGGAGGCAAAAAUUGACUUUCAUUAGUAUGUUUCAAAUGCAUAAUGUUAGCAAGGAAGGGCCCAGAAGUGUGACUGGGGGGGGAACAGUUCCCUCGAGGAGCACAAUUAUACCACUAAGAAUUGAUUUACUUUGCUGUGGAGAUUCACUGGAGAGUCUCCCGGUAAUGUUAUGUAAAUGCUUUCACCAACAAUGAAUGUAUCAAGCUGAACAUUCAAGAGCAAGUUUGACAAUAGCUUGUAUUAGUUAUUUAGAAACAGAUAAGGUAUGGCUAAGAUGUUAUUUACUAGUUAUGCCACUAUGUUAUUAUUUAUCUGCACUUCUGUUGUGGGGUGACUUUGUUCUCUUUAACACUUGUAAACUUGGAUUUGGGAGAUGAUGGUGGGUGAAGUAGGCCGGCCGGUGCCAGUUUUCAGUGCAUGCUGGGUAAAAUGAGCUGACGGCUAAGCGUAGAUCGACUCCUGCCACACUUAGCUAGAGCCGGACAUUUGGUGAGUAAACUUUAAUUCAGCUUUUUUUUUUUUUUUUUUUUUGAACCGAUGUAGAACCUUAUAUUUACUAGUUGUUAUACAGUACACCCCAUAUUUUUUUUUCCAGUGUGGGAACUGUGCCUUCAAUGUCUGUUUUUUUUUUUUUUUUUUUUUUUUUUUUUAAGUCGGAUGCUUCCAGCAUUGUUUCUGUUGGUCUGUAAACUGGUUUGAGGGAAAAUGCAUCACAGCUGUAUUUUAUAUUUCAUUGAAAAUCCUGAGGGGAUUUUUUUUUUCUUUUAUUUUGUUGUUUUUCCAGCAAGCUUCACUACCGCUGCACUUCCACAGAACAAGAUGAAAUCAUGUUUGAAUUGUUGCUCUUUCCUUCACUUUGAGUUUGAGUAAAACCUGCCAGGCGAUAGCCAAGAGAUGAAAUACAUUACUUUACACAAUCAGUCUUUUUUUUUUUUCUUUCCAUCAUGUAGCUUUGAGGGAGUAGUAGCUUAUCAGAUAAGGUACAGUAUUAUCAUAUCUCUGGAUCAUUAAUUCUCAGUAUUAUAAAGCCCAUUCAUCUGAAAGACGACUGUAGAUCGGAGGCAGAACGAGGUGAGAAGACAGUGUUGGGAUAGCCGGUUGCACGAAUGAGCUGAAACGCCUCUGAAGCUGCAUUAAUCCAGUUAUUUCAUCGUGAAAAGUCAUCUUGUGUGGAUGAGGACCUUCCGCUGAGUUAAAUGAUCACCGCUUUUAUUGCAUUACUCAUUUGGGCAUCAAUUUUCAGAAUCAUUUUUUACUUUUAUAUUGCUCUCAUUUUGUCUUGUUUCUCACCUUUUGUCCCUGUUUGUAAUAUAUCUGUACUGUACAGAGAGUGCAUAUAAAUUAUCUUGUCCAGAAAUAAACCUCAAUGGGCACACAC